UUGCAAGUGUGAGAGCAAUUGCUGCAUGAGCUGACCUGCCCAGCUUGCAGGGCCUCAACUGCAUCAACUCUAGCUUCACUAGCUUCAUUUCACUCUUUUAGGGAUUUUCUUCCUUUAUCCAUCUUGAGCCAAACCAUAGCUCAUCCCCCCCCCCAAAAUCACCAGUCUUUCCUUUUCAACAACUAGCUGUGUGUGUCCCCUUUUGGGACAUCCAUCCCAUCCAUCAUCAUGAAGGCAAUCGAGGCCUUUGUCGAUGGGCUCAACAUCCUCUCGGUCAUCGUCCUCUACUUGCUGUUAUGGCUCAUCACCCCAAAGAUGCCGAACCCGGACCCCUCGGGGCCAAAGACCAACAAGCUCUACGACGUGCUGAUGCGGCUCUCAUACAUCAUCAUCUUCCUCCUCGGCUGGGUUUGGUGCAGCAACGUCAUGGCCCACGUCGACAAGCCGUACCUGGACGAGGUCUUCCACAUCCCACAAGCUCAAAAGUUCUGCGACGGACGAUGGGACGAGUGGGAUGACAAAAUCACCACCCCUCCCGGCCUGUACAUACUUUCCAAGUACUACCUCCAGACCAUGAUGCGGCCCGAGUGCUCCGUCCUCGACCUCCGCGGCGUCAACAUCGUCGCCGUCCUGGGCGUCGGCAUCCUCGCAACCCACUGCCGCCACCUCCUCGAGACCCGCCGCCCCGACGCCGCGUCCCCGGCCCCGCCCGCCGUGCUCUCCUUCCACGCCAUCCACCUCGGCUGGAACGUCGCCCUCUUCCCCGUGCUCUUUUUCUUCUCGGGCCUGUACUACACCGACGUCGUCUCGACGCUGUCCGUGCUGGUGGCCUACUACCACCACCUGCGCCGCAUGCGCGAGGAGACGAGCUCGUUCCUCAGCGACUGGACCACCGUCGUCGUCGGCGUCCUCGCCCUCCUCAUGAGGCAGACCAACGUCUUCUGGGUCGUCGUGUACAUGGGCGGCCUAGAGGCCGUUGCCGCCGUCAAGGCCCUGCGUCCCGAGCCCGUGGCCAGGCCGGCUAUGACGACCCUGGGCGAAUACGUCAGGUUCUACGCCUGGCGAUACUCGGUGGGGGAUGUCCACGAUCCGCCCCUCAAUACCGCGUGGCCAGACGACUUGUUCUUCUCCGCCUUGAGCAUCGGCAUCGCAGCCCUGGCGAACCCUCUCCGCGUCCUGAAGAAGGUCUACCCGCACAUCACCGUCAUGGCCCUCUUCGCCGGCUUCGUGGCCUGGAACGGCGGCGUAGUAUUGGGUGACAAGUCCAACCACGUCGCGACGUUGCAUCUCGCCCAGAUGCUCUACAUCUGGCCCCUCUUCGCCUUCUUCUCCUUCCCGCUCUUCCUCCCCUCCGCCAUCGGCCUUCUCCGCUUCCUGCGCGGCGUCUUCGCCGUGGCCUCCGGGAAGAACGCCCCCAGGCCCGCAGAGUCCAGCUCCUCGACGCCGUCCCGCAAGCAUACGCUGCCCGAGUCCUCCCAGGCCGGCUCGUCCAAGAAACAAAAGACCCGAGCCCAAGAUGAGCCGGGCCUACAGAUCGCCAACGCUCCCGCGACAUCAUCACCGUUCGUCAACGCCCUCCAGACACUGAUCUCAUCCAAGCUCUACCAUCUACUCCUUACCCCGUCCCUCAUCGUCCUGACCCUCGCCGUCAUCCGCUUUAACACCAUCAUCCACCCUUUCACCCUCGCCGACAACAGACACUACAUGUUCUACAUCUUCCGGUAUACCAUCCGGCGUCCGGGCCUAUUCCGCUACUACCUCGUCAUCCCUUACACCCUCGCCCGCUGGCUCUGCUGGGAUACGCUCGGCGGCUGCGGCCAGGGCGGGCUCCUUUCGGACCACACGGGAGACUGCUCGGGUCGCUACACGGCCUCGCGUCCCGGCCCGUUCGAGAACAGCCCCUUCGGCAACCCAGCUCAGCGUGCGCGUGCCGAGAAGCCACUGGCGACGGAACCCCUAGAGGAGGCCCUCGAGCAGCCCGCCCGGUCCGGCGAAGCCGCCGCCGACGACGCCAACGACUCAAAGGCGGCAAAGGCACGCUACGACCCUUUCGCCAUCGUCACCCUAGCCGACCCAGCGUCGCAGAGCACCGAACCCCCGGCCUCCUCGACCGCCAUCCUGCUCCUCCUCGCCACGACGCUGUCCCUGAUGACGGCGCCCCUCGUUGAGCCGCGCUACUUCAUCCUCCCCUGGGUCUUCUGGCGCAUCCUCGUCCCGGGCUGGCGGCUCCACGGCCACGGCCACGCCGCCGCCGCGCAUCCCGCCCUGGCCCAGCUCGAGCGUCUCCCGGUGGUCGGGUCCCUUGCCCGGUUCGGAAAAAAGUUUGACGUCCGGCUCGUCCUCGAGACGCUGUGGUUCGUGCUGGUCAACGUGGUCACCAUGUACAUCUUCCUCGCCAAGCCGUACCUGUGGAGAUCCGAGCACGGCAGGGUCUUGGAGAAUGGCAGGAUGCAGCGCUUCAUGUGGUGAGAGAGGAUUUCUGUCACCAAGCCGCGCAAUCGGCAAUAAGGCGGUUUUCCUUGACUUGAAGAUACGCCGUACACCAUACGGAAUUCACGACUGGAUCAUAGGAAAAGAAUUCGACAAAAGAAUGAAAAUGAGAUGAGACACUUCGGCCCCCGAUUGUUUCGCUUAACGUGAUGCUUUUUCUUGUGCACUUUCAUGUGCUCUACCCCUCAUCGGGUUGCCUACUUGUUUCGGUCCGAAAAGAGAAUCAUGAUUUCCCAAACGCCGUUGAUCCCCGAAUUCCCUUGUGGAUUCGAUAUGUCUUCCUCCCAGAUGUAUCAUUUCGAUUUGUUUGUCGAUAAUGCCGAGUCCCUUGUCCUGCCUAUGUACCCAAGCCGUGUGCCAUCUUCAUCCAGGUUUGUUCAGUCUUGCAACCCCUUGCGCCGCCAU